ACACACACACACACACACACACACACACACACUGUAUAAUGUAGCAGCAAACGUGUACGCUCAACAAUGUUUGCUUGGAAAUUUCUGAACUCCGACCAGCCUUGCUUCAUUUAAAUGAAAUGGCUGUUCGUAUCUAAAAACCUUUGUCUUUCUUGCUCAAAGUAGAAUAUUUCGAUUCCGAAACAAUUUAUUGGGGUUGCUUUAGCUGCUUAACAUGAAAGCACUUUAUACGCUGCGCUGUCAACGGUUUUUGCUUGUCGCUUUUGUAAUUGGUGGGAGUCGCUGCUCUGCUUGCCGACCAGCUAGCGUCAAUAAGAAGCCCCGGCACGAUCGCGUAAAUGCCGAUGUGAAUUUUUGCCUUGUCCGUAAACGUAUUACCGUUUACGCAAUACCGUAUCACCGGACACGUGUGCAGCAGCAACAACGCUAGACGCAAGGCCACCCCAUUCUUGCAUUCUUCAGACUUUGUAACGAAGCACCACACAAGAGAAACUUCGAUAACGACACUAUAGCGGCAUCAGAAUUUGCGCUAAAGUCGCCGCACGCAUUGGCGUACGCAGCAUAGUACGGUUUCUGGAGCAAGUGUCAUGGCGUCGACGUAACUCAAGAAAAAAAAAAAUCGAGAAAACGAAAGGUCGGUAUCGCGCAGACGCUCACGCGCCUGUUUUGUCGAGAUGGUGGAAGAGCCACCACGUGACUCUUCUUCACCAGUAGGAUCGCGCAGACCUCAUCGCCUGCCCUCGCUGGAGAGCUCUGGCGGAAAGAUGACAUAAUGUUGCUGCCUUCAGUUUUAUUCAGGUGGCUUGGUGGCUGCAGUAUCAGGUUGAGAAUCUGAGUUCAGCCGACGUUUAUAGUUUCACACAGUGAUGUUGCGAUGACAGUAUCUUGUAUCUUAAGAUACACGAUAUUCUUUCAUGUACCGGAAAUAGAGAUACUGAUACACGUCUUGCCAGACGUCAUCAUCAUCGUCAUCAGCCUAUAUUUAUGUCCACUGCAGGACUAAGGCAUCUCAAUGCGAUCUCCAAUUACCCCUGCCUUGCGCUAGUUGAUUCCAACUUGGGCCCGCAAAUUUCCUUACUUCAUCACCCUACCCAGUUUUCUGCCGUCCUCGACUGCGCUUCCCUUCUCUUGGUACCCAUUCUGUAACUCUAAUGGUCCACCGGUUAUCCAUCCUACGCAUUAAAUGGCCUGCCCAGCUCCAUUUUUUUCUUAAUGUCCAUUAGAAUAUCAGCUAUCCUCGUUUGCUCUCUGAUCCACACUGCUCUCUUUCUGUCUCAUAACGUUAGGCCUAGCAUUUUUCGUUCCAUCGCUCUUUGUGCGGUCCUUAAUUUGUUCUCGAGCUUCUCUGUUAACCUCCAAGUUUCUGCCCCAUUUGUUAACACCGGUAGAAUGCAAUGAUCGCACACUUUUCUUUUCAACGACAGUGGUAAGCUCGCAGUCAGGAUUUCUUGCCAGACGUAUCAUGAUACAAAUACAAGGUACCCAAAUAGUAUCUAAGAUACAUGCAUCCUCGAUACUGCCCAGCACUGGUGCAAACACAGCCCGCUUCUUACCACAGUGGCCCUUCAAACCGCUAACUGCUGUUACCGGCAUGCUUUGCGACAGGGGUGGCGUAGUGAACCUAGUCGUGAAAUCGGUCUAUCGAAUUUUCGAGAAAUGUAUAUAGGACACGCAGUUAUACUCCCGCUAUUAAAGACACGGCCAGCGCUCCUUUCGUUCUCAGAGUGUUUUCUUCUCACGGGACAAUUCGCCAGAGGGCGUCAUUUGGCUCUCAGCUGGAGCGCACCAUCAACUGCCGACAUAGAAAAAGUCUCUGGUUCGUUCCCUUCCACGGCUGCAGCGGACCUUGUCGAGGACAAGCUCAAGGAUGGAUUUCCGGCCAUCAUUGAUGAAAAUCUCAAAGAACAUGGCGUGCUUCCAAAGGACCUCGUGUGCUUCUACAAAGAAAUCUACCGAAAUGAAUCUUUGAAGAAACCCGACGCGAAGUACUUGUAUAGUUCCAGAGAGCGACUCCUGUUUGACGAACCGUUGAGGAAGGAGUUCCUCUUCGUCGAAUGCGCCACGAGACAGUCUCCUGACCGACCAUUUCAUGACCAGUUUCUCCUCAAUCCGGUGAUCAAAGGCGAUGUCGAGGAACGCUGUCGCUCGGCGCCCGCUGGAACGCCUCACAAUCUGAGCGUUCUAGUCCUCGGUCUCGACUCGGUCUCGUACUUAAACUUGGACAGACACCUGCCGGAAACGGCAAAGUUUGUUCGCGAAAAGCUGGGUGCUUUCGAACUGCACGGAUACAACAAGCUCGGGGACAACUCCUACCCGAACCAGGUUCCCCUGAUCACGGGCCUCAAGGACUACGAGGCUACCAAGGCCGCUCCAGAUGGUUUCUACGAUGACUUGAGUGGCCGGUUCAUUUGGCAGCUGUACGGUGAACGCGGUUACCGGACGAUGUUUCUCGAGGAGUCGCCGUUCUACGGCCUCUUCAACUACUUCAGCCAGGGCUUUCGGCGUGCACCGGCCGACUACUACCUGCGGCACGUCAUCAUGGCCAUGGACGACUCGCCCAAGAAAACCCAAGACUGGCAGCGAGUCCGCUGCUUGGGACCCACGAUGCCGUUCGAGGAACUGUUGGACUACCUCGCCGGCUUCACGGACGUGAUGGGCGAGCGUCCUUUCUUCUCCUACACCUGGAUCAGCGAAAUCACGCACGACUCGCUAAACAGCGCGGGCUACGCAGACGAGCCAUUCCGGCGACACCUGGAAACUCUGUACUCUUCCGGCACGCUCAACCACACCGUGCUCGUCUUCCUCAGCGACCACGGCUUGCGGUUCGGGGAUGUCCGGGCAACCUACAUCGGCAAGUUCGAGGACCGCCAGCCCUUCGCCUUCGUGGUCUUCCCGCCGUGGUUCCUCGAGCAGAACCCAGAAGCGGCGCGCAGCCUCCGCGUCAACCAGCGCCGCCUGACGACUCACUUCGACGUGCACGCCAUGCUCGUUGAGCUGCUCGACUACCCGAACGCCGAGCGACCCAACUCCACGUACGGUAUCAGCCUGCUGCACGACGUGCCCGACACAAGGACGUGCGCCGACGCGUCCAUCACGCAUCACUGGUGUGCGUGCAACGCCCGCGCCGACGCCGCCGUUUCCGGUGAUGUGGCCUCUACCCUGGCGAACCACUUCAUAUCCGAAAUCAACGGGUGGGUGGCCCAGGCAGAGCGCAAGUGCGCCGAGUACAAGCUACUGCAAGUCAUGGACGUGACGGCGCUCCAGGCGACCCCUGCUGAGCGUGCGACGAACACAAACCAUUACUGGGUGACCAUCAAGCUUUCGCCGGGCGCGGCCGUGUUCGAGGGCACGGUGCGUGUGCAGGGAGACAAUGUGACGGUGCUGAAGGAGGUCAGCCGUUGCAACUGGUUCGCAGGCCAGUCCUACUGUGUCCGCAACCACUGGCUCGAGAAGUAUUGCUAUUGCCGUCGGACGUUCGGAGAACUGAUUUGAUGUUGGCGGUCCUUGUGUAGAUCGCUCGCUCACCGUCGAGAAUGUUAAUUCGCGGCGUUAAUUCGCAUAAGCAGCAGCACUGCCGGAAUGGAAAGUAUAUAGGCACCUACAAUGCUAUUUACUUCCUUCUAGUGAAUAUUUGCCUCGUAGAUCGGCAGUGCUAUGGGCUUGUGCUAUGGGCUUGUGACGUGUUAGCCAGUGCUAAUGCCUCCGUUGUAAAUAGACCGGACUCUAUUCAAAUGUGAUAUACCUCCUAGGUGACGACGACAGAUAUCGGAGGACAUCUUUCUUCGCCUUCGCCAUCAAACCCUCUUUGACGGUUGUGCCAUGCUGAAGCAGGUUAGUGGGUGCGCUUUCCGCCUAAAAUACUGCCUGCUCCAGCAUCGAGAUAUGCAAGGUUGCCCUUUUUGGAAUAGGAAUCGCGUACAGCGUUCGUUACCUUAGUGCAGGGAAGGUAAUCCAGCCUCAGCUACGGUCAGAGUACUGAAUCCUGACUUGAUCAAACCGCCAUUUCAUGUGCCUGUGGCGCGAACUUCCUUUAAUCGGUGUACCAAGCGUGUGCAAACUAGUCGUUUCCGCGAUCGUUGGCCGUGUCCUGAUGUGAAGAGACAGAAUGGGGAUUUUUAACCUGUCCGUGUACGUAUUACGAUUUGCGGAAUACAGGAAUACCGGAGACGCAAACGGGAGCAGAAGCGCUGGUGGCGCAUGUUGUGACGCUUAGCUUAAGUAAAACACACAUAACAUGGCUCCAAGAUCCGGUGGCGCGCGUUGAUUUGCACCGCGCCUGCUGCCGGAUCUCGGAUUCUGCCCACAAAGCUCAUGUUAUAUAAUCAGAAUAUGUAGAUGAGCAGGUAGUUGCAGUGACGUCGUGUGGUAGGCCAUUCCAGCCUAUGGCUGAGCGAGGAAAGAAUGAUGCAGCAAAUGUUGUGGUAUAACCACGUGGACGGACAACUUGCAAGUAAUGACCAAUGCGGAGUGAAAUGCGAGCUGGAGGGCUGAUGUAGGGUGGAAUACGAAGUGAGCUGAAAAGUAUGUCUAAUGCGCAGCGGUUGAAUAAAAUGUUGCAAGAUGUCGCUACCAGAGCUGCUGCUGUCCGUCUAUGCAUCCGCUCUUCCGGUGUUCCACAAACGGUAAUCCUAUAUGGGCAGGGUACGUUUCAGGUCCCGGUAGACCGCACGAGACAUUCUCGGUACUUUCCUUCAUUUGGACUUUCCUACGCAUGCGUAGAAACAUCCGGCUUCACCCAUUCGCAACCGAGCCCAUUUCGCGACCUGUACUACCGUUAGGGUACCGUAAGCGUUGUGCGUUGUUAAGUAAUAUUCGUUGCCAUUUUCUGCAGCGUCCAGACCAUGUGACGUGGAAUCAUUUCUUGUGUUUAUUUGUUUACUUUGGCCGCAAGGGUUGGAAUCGAAUACUCUGUAGCCCAAAGAUACUGCGGCAUUUGUUUUCCUGCGACUGCGCCAAAGACGGUGCAUAAACGUGCCAAAAGACAGGCAGACGUCAUUAUUGCAUUUUACGAAUGUUCUCAGACAUUUCCUCUCAUUACGCUGCGUCUUAAGAAUAGCUAUUUUCGUUGCGGUGGUAGUAAAGCCGAUUUUGCAUGUGAAUACAGUGCAUAAUUACAUUAGGAGUCGGCCGUGUGUGCAUCUGCCGAGCCGCCAUAUCUCAAGCGUCGAUCCGUCAAGCACGUAGGCAUGAUGGUAAUGAAGACUUUCAUUUUGCGGCGACUUUAGAGUUACCAAUUCCUCUUUAUUCAGCUGAAUUCGCGUACUGAACGAGUAAAAGGGCAGUCACACGAAGGAAAAAAAA